AUGGAGCGUAACAACGUGUUCACAAUCGCACUCGUCUGCAUUCUCGUCGCCGGAGUCGGAGGCCAAGCUCCGGCAGCCGCACCGACAAAGUCUCCGGCGACUCCAGCUGCAACCACACCCACUACUUCACCACCAGCUGCAACCACACCCACCACUUCACCACCAGUUGCAACCACACCCACCACUUCACCACCAGCUGCAGCUCCUACAAAGCCCAAGUCACCAUCUCCAGUCGCUUCCCCCAAAUCGGCUCCACCCGCUUCAACUCCGGUGUCGGCAACACCCAAGCCUGCGGCCGCGGCUCCAACUCCGGUGGCUACUCCUCCUACUGUAGCCGUUUCACCUCCAUUGCCAGCUCCAGUGAGCUCACCACCUUCUAAGGCUCCGGCCAGCUCCCCACCGGCUAAAUCUCCUCCGGCAGCCGCUCCGGCUCCAGUUGCUGAGCCACCGACUACACCUGAGGCUCCGACUCCAGCUCCUAGCAAGAAGAAGCCUAAGCACAAGUCUCCGGCGGCUGCUCCCACUCCAGAUUCGGACAGCCCACCCGCGCCUCCGGCUGAGGCUCCUGGAGCAGCAAGCCCCGAUGCUUCAACCCCUGGUCCUUCUGUAGCUGACGAUCAGAGUGGCGCAGUGAGGUGCCUGCACAAGGUAGCCGGAUCCAUUGCAUUGGGAUGGGCAGUUUUGGCAUUAUUCUAG